AUGGUAGUCAACUACGAGCAAGGGUACCAGUACGCCGAUUACCCACAGGUCUAUGAUGAUGCCUCUGGCAAGGAGGCAUUCCGGCCGCAACACGCCAGCGAGAUGUACCCCGAAGCCGUCACUGGCAACUCGUACUUGGGAGAUGGGGCCAAGCCCGGUAUGGCCGUGGGUGUGAUGGCAGGAGGGCCAACACCUCCUCCGCCAGGGUAUGCUGAGCUCGGCGAUGCGCACGCACGCGGCAACGAGUUAGGUUCGGUCCCAACUCCGGGUACGGCGACAAUCUGUGGGCUGAGGAGGAGAAACUUUUGGAUCGCCCUAGUGGUCGCGGCUGCCGUCGUGAUAGCCGCUGUCGUGGGAGGUGUCGUGGGAGGCGUCGUCUCCAAGAAGACUGGCAGCGACGGCAACACAGCAAGCGGCGGCCAGCCACAGCCAGUCCCCAAGCCCAGCGGAACCAACUCGUCAUUCCUAGCGGUACUGACAGGGACCAAGAUCGCGGCAUCGAACUGGACCGGGCCUGAGGGCUUUGGGCGGCGGGCGGUCUUCUUCCAGGACGAGCACAACUCGAUCGUCGCGCGGCUCUGGGACUCGCAGAAUGGUACCUGGCUCACGCACAACAUCUCCGACAUCCUCGCCAGCCGCAAGAUCGACGUCGCCAUCGCGCCCGCAAAGUCCCUCGCCUCGGCCGCCCUUGACUCCGUCAACGCCUUUGGCCCGCGUUUGUGGUACGUCGGCACCGACAACAUCGUCCGCCGUGUCGAGAGCGCCGAGCUCAACGUUGCCCAAAGCCCCGACAGCUGGACCGCAGACCUGCCCAACGGCAACUCGUUCAACCACACCAUCUGGCCAGACUCGCAGCUCGCCGCCGCCUGGCAGCGCUGCGCCCCCAACUGCGUCGGCGACUGGAUCCUCGCGUACCAGCGGAACACGGAUGGCGCGAUCAUGACCGCCAACAACAGUCAUUGGGAUAACCCGGACCAAGCCAUGGGCACUGGCUCGGUCAGCAAGUCGACUGCCCUGGCCAUUGUGCCGUGGUACCAGGUCGUGGCUAGAGGCAUGGGCCUCGUCUCGGAGAGCAUGGCCGGCACCGGGAGGGCCGACAUGCAGCUGUACUCCUUCAACACCAACACCGGAAAGUGGGCAGACACAGGCAAACCACUCCUCGAGUCAGUCAUCCCCUCCGCAUCGAGUGAGACCCAAUUCGCCGUCACAAAGUGGGACGGCUGGAGGCAGACCCUAUAUCUCUCCCUGACUAGCGACGGCAAGUUGAGCGCAAGCUGGUGGACGGGACCGCAGACGGCCAUCCAGGAAAUAACCAUGACGGGGUUCACGAGCGCCGGCACGAGCAGCGCCCCGCAGUUCACAGCCAUGACGCUGACGCUCGAUGCCAUGUUCUACGGCGUCACAGCCGACGGCUUGGUGCUAGAGUAUGCGGUCGACCAGGACGAUCCCAGGACGUUCAGGUAUGUCUCGACGAUAUGGCCGCCUGCGUAA